CAGCAGGGAACCUCGCGCGGUCGCGGGGCUGACGGAAACGCGGGCUGGCUUCUCAAGCGACGCGAGUGCCGCGCGGCUAGAGCCACUGCCGACUCGCAGGCUGGUCUCGCGGUCACCGCCAUGUCGGUGCUGGGCGAGUAUGAGCGACACUGUGAUUCGAUCAACUCGGACUUUGGGAGCGAGUCCGGGGGUGGCGGGGACUCAGGCCCGGGGCCCAGCGCCAGUCCCGGGCCGCGAGCCGGUGGCGGCGCUCCGGAGCAGGAGGAGCUGCACUACAUCCCCAUCCGCGUCCUGGGCCGCGGCGCCUUCGGGGAGGCCACGCUGUACCGCCGCACUGAGGAUGACUCAUUGGUUGUAUGGAAGGAAGUCGAUUUGACCCGACUGUCAGAGAAGGAACGCCGCGAUGCCUUAAAUGAGAUUGUUAUUCUGGCACUGCUGCAGCAUGACAACAUUAUUGCCUACUACAAUCACUUCAUGGACGAUACUACCUUGCUGAUCGAGCUGGAAUAUUGUAAUGGAGGGAACCUGUAUGACAAAAUCCUUCGUCAGAAGGACAAGUUGUUUGAGGAAGAGAUGGUGGUGUGGUACCUGUUUCAGAUUGUUUCAGCAGUGAGCUGUAUCCAUAAAGCUGGGAUCCUUCAUAGAGAUAUAAAGACAUUAAAUAUUUUUCUGACCAAGGCAAACCUGAUAAAACUUGGAGAUUAUGGCCUAGCAAAGAAACUUAAUUCCGAGUAUUCCAUGGCUGAGACACUUGUUGGAACUCCGUAUUACAUGUCUCCGGAGCUCUGCCAAGGAGUAAAAUACAAUUUCAAGUCUGAUAUCUGGGCAGUAGGCUGCGUCAUUUUUGAACUGCUUACGCUAAAGAGAACAUUUGAUGCUACAAAUCCACUCAACUUGUGUGUUAAGAUUGUACAAGGAAUCCGGGCCAUGGAAGUUGAUUCUAGUCAGUACUCCCUGGAAUUGAUCCAGAUGGUGCACGAAUGCCUUGACCAGGAUCCUGAGCAGAGACCCACUGCAGAUAAACUGCUAGAUCGCCCCCUUCUCAGGAAAGGCAGGAGAGAGAUGGAGGAAAAAGUCACACUGCUUAAUGCACCUACAAAGAGACCAAGGUCCAGCACUGUGACCGAAGCACCUAUUGCUGUGGUAACAUCCCGAACCAGUGAAGUCUAUGUUUGGGGCGGUGGAAAAUCCACUCCCCAGAAACUGGAUGUCAUCAAGAGUGGCUGUAGUGCGCGGCAGGUGUGUGCAGGGAAUACUCACUUCGCUGUGGUCACAGUGGAAAAGGAACUGUACACCUGGGUGAACAUGCAAGGGGGCACUAAACUCCAUGGACAGCUGGGCCACGGAGACAGAGCCUCCUACCGACAGCCAAAGCAUGUGGAGAAGUUGCAAGGCAAGGCCAUCCGUCAGGUGUCGUGUGGUGAUGAUUUCACUGUCUGCGUGACAGAUGAGGGUCAGCUCUAUGCCUUUGGAUCUGAUUAUUAUGGCUGCAUGGGGGUGGACAAGGCUGCUGGCCCUGAAGUGCUAGAACCCAUGCAGCUGGACUUCUUCUUGAACAAUCCAGUGGAGCAGGUCUCCUGUGGAGAUAAUCAUGUGGUAGUUUUGACACGAAACAAAGAAGUCUAUUCUUGGGGCUGUGGCGAAUAUGGACGACUGGGUUUGGAUUCAGAAGAGGAUUAUUACACACCACAAAAGGUGGAUGUUCCCAAGGCCUUGAUUAUUGUUGCAGUUCAAUGUGGCUGUGACGGGACAUUUCUGCUGACCCAGUCAGGCAAAGUGCUGGCCUGUGGACUCAAUGAGGCCAACAAACUGGGUCUGAAUCAGUGUAUGUCUGGUAUCAUCAACCAUGAAGCGUACCGAGAAGUUUCCUACACAACCUCCUUCACGUUGGCCAAACAGUUGUCCUUUUAUAAGAUCCGUACCAUUGCCCCAGGCAAGACUCACACAGCUGCCAUUGAUGAGCGAGGCCGGCUGCUGACCUUUGGCUGCAACAAGUGUGGACAGCUGGGUGUUGGGAAUUAUAAAAAGCGCUUAGGAAUCAACCUGCUGGGGGGACCCCUAGGUGGGAAGCAAGUGAUCAGAGUCUCCUGCGGUGAUGAGUUUACCAUCGCGGCCACUGAUGAUAAUCACAUUUUUGCCUGGGGCAAUGGUGGUAAUGGCCGCCUGGCAAUGACUCCUGCAGAGAGAACGCAUGGCUCCGAUAUCUGUACUUCGUGGCCUCGGCCUAUUUUUGGAUCUCUGCACCAUGUCCCGGAUCUGUCUUGCCGUGGCUGGCACACCAUUCUCAUUGUUGAGAAAGUAUUGAAUUCUAAGACCAUCCGUUCCAAUAGCAGCGGCUUAUCCAUUGGAACUGUGGUUCAGAGCUCUAGCCCGGGAGGAGGAGGAGGCGGAGGAGGCGGCGGCGGUGGUGGGGGAGAAGAGGAGGACAGUCAGCAGGAAUCUGAAACCCCUGAUCCAAGUGGAGGCUUCCGAGGAACAAUGGAAGCAGACCGAGGAAUGGAAGGUUUAGUCAGUCCCACGGAGGCCAUGGGGAUCAGUAGUGGGGCCAGCAGCUCCUGUCCUGGCUGGCUUCGAAAGGAGCUGGAAAAUGCAGAAUUCAUUCCCAUGCCUGACAGCCCAUCUCCCCCAAGUGCAGUUUUUUCAGAAUCUGAGAAGGAUACCCUGCCCUAUGAAGAGCUGCAAGGACUCAAGGUGGCCUCCGAAGCACCUUCAGAACACAAGCCUCCAGAGGGAGCCUGGCCACCUCGGCUGAGCCCUGCGGGAGCGUGCACUGGGAAGGGCGCGCCAUCCACUCCGGGCUGUGCAUGCAGCGCUCUGCAGGUGGAGGUGGAAAGAUUGCAGGGCCUGCUGUUCAAGUGUCUGGCUGAACAACAGAAGCUACAGCAAGAAAACUUCCAGAUUUUUACCCAACUACAGAAGCUGAACAACAAAUUAGAAGGAGGGCAGCAGACGGGGACGCAUUCCAAAGGAACUCAGACUGCAAAGGAAGAGAUGGAAGUGGAUCCAAAGCCUGACUUAGAUUCAGAUUCCUGGUGCCUCCUGGGAACAGAUUCCUGUCGACCCAGCCUCUAGUCUCCUGAGCCUGUAUAGCCUCCAGGAAACUGGGAUCCAAAGAACUUCACUGCACACUUACUGAAUGCAGAGAGCGCUUUCCUGGCUUUGUUCACUUGCAGACAAGGAGCGCAAGGCGGAGGCUCUGAAGAGUUUCCACAUACACUUGGAGAGUGGGAUUGCCUAUUAGAUAGGAUCUAGGAGUGGCUUUGUUUUGGAGAAUGGAAGGGCCCAUGGCCCUGGCUUUGUCCUCAGUGACUGCCAUAACAGUGCAGCUCGGUACCUCGUCUGGUGAUCCCACCUUUGAAGAGGAGACACAAUGCUCACCUUAAUCUUGCUGGUAGCAGCUUAUAUCCCAUUUAUCAUUUUCACCAUUAAUUGGAAGCUGCCUUGGGAAUUCAACACCCGACAUUGCACUUUGAGUGGAGGAGGGAAAGUGUCAAGCUGGAGUGGGCUGGAACCAGGCGUGGCUUGUCCAAGGUCAUCCAGAGAAAGGUGAAGUGCUCUGAGCUCUCGUGGGAGCCCUGGGUCCAGGAAAGUACGUCUGGCGGAGUCAGUGUCUAGGGUUUGUUUUCAGAAAGUUCAGUUACAUUGUGCUGCUCAGCGCUUGAGGAGGAGGAGUGGGCUUAGCUUGCUUUUCCUCUGAGGUUGGUUGAAAUUUCUAGAGUGGGGAGUAGAGAAAGAAGGGCAGGUCCCUCCUCAUCACACAGCUGGAGUGUCAGGCCGUGGCUGAUGCAGGGUGGGCUUUCCUGGCCCUGGCAGAUACCUCUCAGAGACAAGGUGGCUUGUGGAGAGUUCAGUCAGUGGAGCAGUAGGAACGGCGUGAGAGAAGACCGUGAGGGAGAGGAAGUCCUCCGUUAGCGGCCUCCUCGUGGUGUCUUUGGGAGGGCCUGGAGUGACUCUGAGUCUUCUGCCCUUGAGAAGGCUUCUUACACCACUUCUUUCAUGGUUCUUAGGGUUCUGAUCAUGACGUCAUCAGCCGCAACCACUCCCUAUCUGUAUGUCUAGUCAGUAUUUUCUCCCCUUUGGUGUUUUAUGAAGCCAUAUCAGUGAAUCUGUAUCAUCUUUCCUUCUUGAGUGGCCCAAAGCCAGCCCUAAAACCUGGUAGUCCCUGAAGUCUAACAGAACAGAUAGAACCUGCCAAGUGAAAGGAGCUGACAGAGCUCUCUCCUAAUCCCGGAGUCAUGUCCUUGUAAAGAGGAGCAAGCCAGCUUUCCCAAGAAAGUGCCCUGGAAGUGUUUGAGGAUUUCACUGAAGGGCGUGAGCAUUGUAUUACUACAAAGGCUUAUGGAAGGUUCCUGUGGUGUUUUGGGUCCCAGGAGCUGCCUCGAUGAGUCUUCACACCUACCUUCCCAGAAACAGCUACAUCACUUUUGUUUCAUUUUCCCUAAACCAAAAAACGAAUGCUUGAUGUCUAAUAUUUUGGAAGGAUCUGUGUGAUGGAAAUUUUGUCAUUUCUCUAAAAUGGGUGAUGCAAAGGCUGAUGCUCCGGGAAAACCCCAUGGCUGGGGAUGGGCAACUCUGUUCAAUGGGAUCUUUGGUUUGAUGUUCCCAUUGUUUUCUCAAUUCUGGGAAGCCUAGUACAAAAGUACUAAUGUAAUCACUGAAGCCUUUUCUUAAAAUAAGGGAAGGGGCCAACCCUGGAUUUAGCUACAAAUUCUGGGGACUUGGGGGUCUGCAAUAAACCCUAACAAUGGGUUUUGGUUCAUCAUGUAAAUGCAACUUUGAUUUUUUAAAGGACUGCCUGGCCUUUCACCUUCCUGUAUUCCUCAUGCUUACCAUGUCAGUAGGCCUGAGAGGCAGGGUCAGUUUCGGUGUUAAUCAAGAGUGUUGCUUCUGCUGUGGACCAGAGGAACACGGGACGUUGCCGAGACUGUGGGGUGGAAGUGAGCAUUCAUGACAGGGAGGGUGUGAGACCCUGCCCGUGUCCCAGCGAGGAGUUAUUCUCCAGCAGUGGAAUGCUGUGGUCAUUUCUCUAACAUGUUCCCUGGGGAAACCUAGGUUUGCUAUGAAUCUGGCUGAGAAUCUAAGUUCUGUGCCUUAGAAACCAUUUGCAUUUUCCCAAAUUGUGCCUGGGAUAGCCACAUGAUUUUCCCCACCAAACAGUUAUGCAAAUAGAAACCAGUUCAAAGGUUGCAGCCGUGCAUUAGAUAAAAAGUGGAAGGUGAGGCAGCAGAAAUGCCUUUGAAUGGUUUCUGUGGCUAGUUCUCUACUUUUCUUCUCUGUGCCGUGCUAGGUGGUUCAAGUUCUCCAGUGGUAAUGCUUUUGAGCUACAGUGUAGUCUGAGUCCCUCCUCUGCUCUGACCCUGUUGCUGAAGAACUAGCUUUUGUUCGCCAGAUGUUUGCAAGGUUGAGGGUGGAGUGGUUUGGCAUUUCUGUUUUAAAUAAACAUUUAAACUUUCAA